GAUGUAUAAAAAGCAAAGGCCAGGAGUUGGAGGAGUUCCUCAAAAGCAAAAGCAGCACCCUUAUAUUCACAAUUCAUAGAGAAAUUAAGCAUGCUUGUUCCUCGAGAGAUGUUGUCCAACUUCGGAUCCGCGAUCGGCGGCCUAGCGGUCAUCUGGGUUAUGCUUCCCCGGUGGCAGCAAUAUCUCCCUCCCCAGAUCCGCGACCUCGUGGACAGGUGCAUCAACAAGUUGGUGAACCUGUUCUAUCCGUACGUCAUGAUCGUGUUCUCCGAGUUCGAGGGGGAACGGCUCGCGCGCAGCGCGACCUACCUGGCUAUCCAGAGCUACCUCAAGGAACACGCCACUUUGCGGGCACGAAGGCUCAAGGCGGAGACAGUCAAAGAUAGCCAAUCUCCGAUUUUUAGCAUGGGCGAUAACGAGGAGGUCACCGACACAUUCGAGGGAGUUAAGGUCUGGUGGGCCUCGAGAAAGAUCCCUAGGAACGUGUCCCUUUCGCUCCAUCCCAUGACCGAGGACCGGAGGUUUUACGAGCUCGUGUUCCACCGGCGACACCGGCAGUUGAUCAUGCAGUCUUAUGUCAAGCACGUCUUGACAGAAGGGAAGGCGAUCGCGCAUAAAAACCGGCAGCAAAAGCUCUACGCUAAUAAUCCGAGCGAGUACUGGAGCCACGUUGCGUUCGAGCACCCCGCCAAUUUCGAGACCUUAGCCAUGGACCCAAACAAGAAGCGGGACAUUUUGAAUGAUCUCACGAAGUUCCGUGACGGGAAAGAGUACUAUGCCAAAAUAGGCAAGCCCUGGAAGCGUGGCUAUCUGCUCUACGGCCCGCCAGGAACCGGCAAGUCCACCAUGAUUGCCGCCAUGGCUAAUUUCCUGAACUACGACGUGUACGAUCUCGAGUUGACUGCAGUCAAGGACAACACCAAGCUGAAGAAGCUACUAAUUGAAACUUCGAGCAGGUCGAUCAUCAUGAUCGAAGACAUAGACUGCUCACUUGAUCUGACAGGCCAGAGAAAGAAGAAGGAGAAGGAUGAUGACGAUGACGACGACGACAGCGACGAAAACGAUGAUCCCUCCAAGAAGAUGGUCAAAGAAGAGAAGGCAGGUAGCAAGGUGACUCUAUCUGGUCUGCUCAACUUCAUCGACGGUAUCUGGUCAGCUUGUGGGGGAGAAAGGAUCAUCAUAUUCACAACCAACCAUGUGGACAAGCUCGACCCUGCCCUUAUAAGGGGAGGAAGGAUGGACAAGCACAUAGAGAUGUCCUAUUGCUGCUUCGAGGCAUUCAAGGUUCUUGCGAGGAAUUACUUGGACAUCCAGGACCACCUUCUGUUCGAAACAAUCAGCCGACUGCUCGACGAGACCAAUAUGACACCCGCCGACGUCACGGAGAACUUGAUGCCUAAGUCCGACGACAAAGAUGCGGAGACCUGCUUGAGGAACUUGAUAGAAGCGCUCGAAGCGGCCAAGAAGGAAGCAAGGAAGAAGAAAGAGAAAGAAUCGCGGGCGCAGGCCAAGGAGGGGCGAGAGAAGAAAGUCAACGAGGAGGAAGAGGAAGGGAAAGAGAGUGGAACAUCCGCUAAAGAAGCGAAGGAAAAUGGCGACGUCGGUGGAGGAGUUGCCGCUAAGGAAGUGGGGGAGAAUGGUGUUUGCAGCUGCAGACGUUGAAAUUUAGCUGAAAACGGGGUAAAAUGGAGUGCGAUUGGUUUAAACAGAGAAAAUCAAGUAGCCUUCAUGGAUUUAUCUCCCUCUUGUAAGUCAGACAUUUGCUGCAUUAUCUUAAAUUAUUACAUAAAUAAGAAAUAAUUUUUC